CUAAAACUUCACACAUCCCAUAAGAUAUAAACUUCUCAUCUGCAAUACUUCACUACCGAUUUUUCACUUACUCAACCUAUCGACAAUUUAAUACCAUCUUACUAUACAAACCGAUCAGAAAUUGAAUUUACCAAUCAUCCAUCAAACUUCAUCGGAUCGUGUGUUUGUGUUUGUGAUUGAAAAUGGUCUCUUUCUUUCGAAAGUGGAAGACUACAUCACCAGGACAAUCUCCAUUACUUUCUCAUCCAUCAAGUCCAUCUCAACACAUCUCAACCACAAGUUUAAUCAGAUCCAAACCUAUCUCAUGGAUAAUUUACAUUUCAAUAAUCUAUUCAAUAAUCUUAAUCGAUCGACAUUUCAUAAGAGAUUCAAAUCUUUCACAAACCAAUGCUUGUUCAACUUAUCAUUUGUUAAAUGCUGUUAAAUCAAAAGCUUGUUCAACUUUUCCAAAUCGGGUUUAUCAUUCUUCUACUCUUAAAAAAUAUAAAUCUAAGUUUUGUGAAGAUUUAGAAGAAAAAGAAAAAGAAAACGUUUGGAAAGAAAGUUUGUUAAAUGAAUUUAUUCAACAUGAUCAUUCGAAUUCGCUUGAUCAUCAUUCUGUAAAUUCGAAUUCUAGUUUGGAGUUUAAAGUUGUGGAUCAACUUGUUGAAGAGAAAUUGGAUUCGAUCGAAAUCGAAAUGGAUAGAUCAAUGGGUAUGAAAAGAUGUGAAAAGAAUUUUCCUAAUUUGUUUUACGAAUUAGAAAGAGUUGUAAAGUUUUAUAAAGAAUCAAAUAAAAAAGUCACGUCUGAACAACUUGAUGAAGCUAUCAAAGUGGGACACGCAAGGGUUUUGAUUUAUGAGAAUCGAGUAUAUAUCAAAGAAUAUAAAGGUGGACCAGGAAAACGUACAGAAGCAUUAUUAAACUCGAUUCAAGAAGCCGUGAUCACUUCACCAGAACGAUUACCAAACAUAGAAUUCGUAGUAAAAACAGUAGACGCACCCACAGGUGAAGAAACGAAAUUACCAUUAUGGGUUUUAGAUCGUACAAUCGAUCAAGAGGAUGUUUGGCUUACACCGGAUUACGGAUUUUAUUCUUGGCCUGAACCGAAGGUGGGAAGUAUGAUUGAAGUUAGAGAUAAGUGUAAUGAGAUUGAAAAAAAGUUGGACUGGAAAGAUAAGAUUCCUAAGGCUUUUUGGAGAGGUGCGAUUUUGGUCAAACUUAGAGAACAAAUGAUUGAGAUUGCAAAAGGACAUGAAUGGAAUGAUAUCAAACCGAUUGUAUGGCAACAUUUAGAUGGAUUAUUAAAAACUCCAGAAGAACAUUGUCAAUAUCAAUACUUGGUUCAUGCAGAAGGUUAUGCAUAUUCAGGUAGAUUGAAGUAUUUACAAAUGUGUCGUAGUGUGAUCGUUUCACAUGAAAUGAAAUUCAUUCAACAUUUUCAUCAUUUAUUAGAUUCGAAUCCUAAUUCACCUACCCAAAACAUUGCAUUAGCUAAAGGACCUGGAUUCGAAGGUUUACCUGAACUUAUGAAAUCUUUAAUCAAUGAUCAAAAGAAAUCAAAAUCGAUUGCAGAGAAUUCGAAUCGAUUGUUUAAAUAUUAUUUAAGUCCUGCUGGGAUUUCUUGUUAUUGGAGACAGAUGUUUAGGGCUUGGUCUGAAGUUCAAGGAUUUGUUCCUCAGAGAUUAGAUAAUUAUACGGCUUUUGAAUCUUUCAAUUUAAUGCAUACUGUUCAAUGGAAUCCUUAUUAAAGGAAAAGAAAAAAAGUAAUCGAAGUUUAAUAUAGAUAUUAUGGAUUGUUUUUUUUGUUUUGGUGGUUCGUUCGUCUUUUGUUUCUCUUUAGGGUUUUGUUUUGUUUUGUUUUGUGUUUCAUUUUAAAUUUGAGUUUUUCAUUUUGAUUUUGCAUCUCUAGAUUUCCUUAAUCACAUUGUGUUUUUUUUUUGAUUAGUUAAAAAUUAAUUUAGUGUUUCUUUAGAUUUGAUUGGUUUUUGGUAGUAGUAGUAGUUUUGAUUUUAAUUACAUACAUAUAUCUAUCUAUCUAUAUCUUUGUAACGUAUUCUUUUUGAUCUCUUUUUUGGUUUCUGUAACUCUUUUUUUUUCUUCUUUUUUUGGGGGUAGGAGAUGAAUCUGUCAAGGGAAAUUGUUUUUUUGGAUCGUUUUUUUUUUGAUCAAAUAAGGAAAUGAAAAUAAAAAUCUGGAUGAUUCUUCUUAGUGUAUUUGUAUUAACAUUGAAAAUUGGAACACCUAUCCUGAUAAGUUGUAUCUGUAUC